GCUCCCGGUGGCGUAAUUUCCCAGCGGGUCUGCACCUCCUUUCCUCCGCCUCAGAUUGGGGCGGGUCUGGAGAAUGGCCUCGGAGAUGGAGUCGUCGCUGGAGGCGAGCUUCACGUCUAGCGGAGCGCUGUCAGGGUCGUCAGUGUUUCUGCCGCCCGCACGCUCCCGCAUCUUCAAGAUAAUCGUGAUCGGCGACUCCAAUGUGGGCAAAACGUGCCUGACCUACCGCUUCUGCGCCGGCCGCUUCCCUGACCGCACGGAGGCUACUAUCGGGGUGGACUUCCGAGAGCGAGCAGUGGAGAUUGAUGGGGAGCGCAUCAAGAUCCAGCUGUGGGACACAGCAGGCCAAGAACGCUUCAGAAAGAGCAUGGUGCAGCACUACUACAGAAACGUGCAUGCCGUUGUUUUUGUGUAUGACAUGACCAACAUGGCUAGUUUUCAUAGCCUCCCAUCUUGGAUAGAAGAGUGCAAACAGCAUUUGCUAGCCAGUGAUAUACCGCGGAUUCUUGUUGGAAAUAAAUGUGACUUAAGAAGUGCCAUUCAGGUACCUACAGACUUGGCACAAAAAUUUGCUGACACACACAGUAUGCCUUUGUUUGAAACCUCUGCUAAAAACCCCAAUGAUAAUGACCACGUGGAAGCAAUAUUUAUGACCUUGGCUCAUAAGCUUAAGAGCCACAAACCAUUAAUGCUUAGUCAACCCCCUGAUGAUGGAGUUACCCUGAAGCCUGAACCAAAGCCUGUGAUGACGUGCUGGUGCUAAACAACAGUCUUUACGAUGCUGUUGAGUUUUGACUAAAGAAAUAGUUGCGAAGUAUGACAGUGAUAGUCAUAAGAUUUAAUCUCAGAUAUAAUGGAUCAUCCUGGCACUUCACUGUUUAUCGUCGUCAUGCUCACUUCUUUAUUAUGUCUUUACAUAAUCAGGUUUGUCGGUGUGACAACACAAGGAAAAUGUUGGUUUUCAGGCGAGGCUGGAAAUGAAGCAGAGGUAGGAUGAUCAGACCAUCUUCCCAUUAGAGCCCAGUGAAGGAGGCUUCAGUUGAGAGCAUGAUGGAGUUUCAAGAGUCAAUAAAUGUUCAGUCCUAUGUUCCUGAGAUUGACAAAAAAUAUUAAGGGUUUAGUACACACAUCAUGGUAUGUCCUUUAAAUGGGAAGUGUUCUCAGUAGGAUCAAAACUUGUAUUUGCUUCUCCCCAGAGUUCUUUUUGUAUUAUUAAUAGACUUAAUUGCAUUAUUAUUGGUAUAUUUUAGAGCCAAUUUUUUAGUUCCAGUGGGAGGAGAAGGCAUAGAAUGUUUUCUGGGUCUCAAGUUUUUGGGUUGUUUUUUUUCCAAAUAUAUUUUUAUUGAUUUCAGAGAGAGGAAGGGAGAGAGAGAGAGAA